UCUCCAUUCAAGGCCAUUUUCUUAUUUAUUUCUUCUCAAAUAUUUUUAAGUAAAUAUGAAGAAUUAUCUUUUAAACUCGCAAAAAUUUUUUCCUAUUUUCUAAUUAAAAUCGAAUACAUAUUCUUGAUUUACAGAGUAAUCUGUCAAAAAUGAUUACUCCCCUAUCAAUCUCUUUCACCACUAAUUUUAUAUUAUUUAUGAAGAAAAUUUUGUAAUCUUUAACUUUAUUUUUAUUUAUAUUAAUUAUCGGAGUUUUAAUUUAAAAUUAAUUUAAAAUUAAAUUUACUAUUAUAGAAUUAAAUUAGAAAAACCUAACUUUUUACUAAUUCAAUUAUGGCAACAAAUAUAGCUGAGAUUGUCGCCAAUCAGCGAAAAUUCUUUAGAACAGGCGCUACUAAAUCUUUAGCGUUUCGUAAAGAACAACUUCAAAAGUUGCGUGUUAUGAUUGAAAAUAAUGUUGAUCGCAUAGUUGAAGCAGUCUAUAAAGAUUUGCGCCGCAACAAGGAAUUAAAUAAGGAAAUGGAAGUUGGAGGCUCAAAAGCAACUAUAGACUUGUGUCUUCAAAAUAUCGAUGAAUGGGCAAAACCUCAUAAAGCUCCUACCAAUAAACUUGGAGAACCAGAAAUUCAUUAUGAGCCAAAAGGAGUUGUGUUAGUAAUUGGGGCUUGGAAUUAUCCUGUUAUGUUGGUAAUUCAACCUGCUGCUGAAGCAAUAACUGCUGGCAAUACAGUUGUUAUCAAACCUUCGGAGGUAUCGGCAAACUCUUCUCAUUUGAUGAAGGAGCUUUUUGAUAAAACAUUUCCAAAGAACUUUAUUGCCGUAGUCGAAGGGGGUGCGGAGGAGACAAAAGAAGUACUGAAUGAACGUUUUGAUCAUAUUUUCUACACUGGUAGCCCCAAUAUUGGAAAAAUAAUAAUGCAAGCUGCGGCUAAAUAUCUGACUCCUGUUACGCUUGAAUUGGGUGGGAAGUGUCCCGUUAUUGUUGAGAACGAUGCUGAUAUUGAAAAAGCCGCUCAACGCAUUACUGAAGGCAAAUGGCUUAAUAGUGGACAAACAUGUCUGGCGCCUGAUUAUAUAAUGACCACACCUGAAACUAAGCCAAAAUUGGUUGAAGCGUUGCAAAAAUCCAUCAACAAAAUGUACGGUUCUGACCCACAAAAAAGUGUUCAUUAUUCUCGAAUGGUCAAUCAGCGUCAUUUUGAUCGGGUCAUGGAAAUGAUGAAAGCUAGCAAAGGGAAGGUUAUUCAUCAAGUUGGUAAACACGAUCGGGCCGAUGUUUUUAUUCCACCGACAAUCGUUGAAGCUGAUAUAAAAGAUUCUCUAAUGCAAGACGAAAUUUUUGGCCCAGUUCUUCCUAUUUUAACAGUAAAAAACAUGGACGAGGCUAUUGACAUAAUUAAUGAUGGAGAGAAGCCUCUUGGUGCAUAUUUAUUCACAGAGAAUGAUAAGAAAAUGGAAAAAUUCUUGCAUAGCACAUCCAGCGGGGGCGUCACUGUUAACGAUAUAAUUAAGCACGCGGGGAUUCCAGAUUUGCCUUUUGGCGGUGUUGGAAAUAGCGGCAUCGGAAAUUAUCAUGGAAAACAUGGAUUUAUUCAAUUAAGCCAUGCAAAGGCUGUUUUGAAGCGUCGAGAUUGA